GUUGAACUUCCGAGUGUACAUGAACGCAUCAGGAGGCAGGAGAAGGUAAGAGGUUGGCCGUUAGGUAGCGGACCAGCUAACUUCACCGCUAACUAUGCCUGGAAAAUGUAAAUUCCAAGACUCCUGGCUUUCUAAGGAAAUUUACAAGGACUGGCUGGUUAAGGAUGUCCAGGACAUUCACUUCGCCCGUUGUAGGGCCUGUUGUAAAUCAAUCAAACUCCAGACCAUGGGCGAGGCUGCUCUCACCAGCCACGCAGGGGGAGCUGGCCACAAAGCAGCGGUCCGCAAGCUCGUGGAAGGCAAUGUGAUGAUGAUAAAUGCUGCUGGACAGACGAACGGCAGUGUCAAUCGGAGUGAGGACACCAAGGAGCAAAUGGCCAUCUGCCUCCAGCGUGAUGCCUUGGACAGAAUAACAGGCAGUGACUGGUCAGAUCUGCAACACAGUCCUACUACAAACUCCACCUCCCACAAUGCAGAGCUACAGGAUGUGACAUUUCCUUCUGCUUUCUUCACAGCACCAGGCACCUCCAGGCUCAUCAGCCAGCGCCUCCACCCAUCAGGCAGCGACACAGAGGACGCAGGCCGCCGCUCGGUUCAGCACGACUCCAUAGACCUGUCGAGACUGGAGCACCAGCAGAGAACAGAGGCUCUGGAGCAGCAGCAGCAGAUGAAGAUCCUGGAGUGGGAGAACAGGAUGAAGGUGCUGGCGUGGGAGCAGGAGCUGGUGAGAGAGAAGAGAAGAGCAGUCCGACAGAAGGAGAAGGCCUUCAGGAUGAAGAAGGCGUACUACAAAGCCAAGUUAAAGAGGAUGGGUGAGGACGUGCCACCGUCUUCCUCCAGCAGCAGCGAUGACGAGGAGAAAACAGCUGAUCGGACAGGAUGAACUGAUCUCAUGGAUUUGUUUUAUUAGUGCUUAUUUCACUUGUGUAUUUUUUGUCUAUAUGUCAUGGACCUAUUGCUAUUUUUAUACAUUGUUUUUGUACUUCAAUGCAAAAUGAGUAAGACUGAAUGAGGCAUUUGACACUACUCAAGCAUACGUACUGUCACUUUAAAGCAGAAGAUUACCUGGGUUCCACACUACUCAAAGGUGCAAAAGUAGCUUUUUCAAAACUACAGUACAUGACAGGUACUUUAUUUCAUAUGGUCACAACAACUACAAACCAAUCUCUCUCCAGUGUGAUGCUCUUGGAUGGCCUUAAGAGAGAAUACUUUCAAUUAACACAUUGAAAAUAACAGAGAAGUGGUAGGAAUUUUAGAAAAGACGUGGAAUGUCAUGGAAUGCUAGGAAUCCCAUUUACUUGUAAUCAUUUACCUUGCACAUCUUUUUAGUUGUGCUAAAGGGUUGAGAUCAAAAUCACUAUGUCUUAUCUGUCAUUUAUUACAACGUGGCCUCAUUGUUCAAAAUCACACAAUGUUCACUGAUGUUUAAGGUGAUAGUUUCUGUGAAGGUCAAAAUGUUGAAAAACAUUUUUAAAAUGUGCUGAGAUUAAAUCUAAUCACUACAGGUGUAGAAAUGAAGUGACAUUUCUAAAUGGACAAUCUUUUAACACAUUACUGGCAAAGCUUCUUUUGUGGUGCAUGUUAACAUGAAUAUGUAUGCUCAAGCUGUUUGUAAAUAAAUUAGCAUUUGGUACAAAGUUUGAGAUGAUUACAGACAAAUCAAAGAAAACACCUGAAUAAAUGAGUGAGGAAACAUA